AUGAGUCGAAAAAGACAACGCACAGGACAGACUAAAUCUCAAGAAGAUCCUAGCAAAGGCUUGCGAUUGACGCGAAGCCGAGCGUGCACAGAAUGCAAAACACAAAAGACCAAAUGCGAGACCAAAGAAGGCCAGACAACCUGUGUGCGCUGUCUCCAUCAUGGUCUUGAAUGUGUGUCGUAUGAUGUUUCGCAGCAAUUUCUCCAGGGCGAUGCAGCAUGGAAAUCCCAAACGACAGAAGAGGUUGAGAUGCUUCGAGCUGCGGUUCAGCAUCUGUUACGCUAUACGCAGCAGCCUGAAUUAGGGACUUUUGCGAACGCUCAACGAGGCGAUUCCCCCCGUUCUGUUGCAGGAUUCGAUGCGAAUCUCACCUCCACAGCUGCGAUGGAAAUGUCGCGGGAGAACUCUCCCCAGCCUCAAGAUCACGAUUUAACGGGUCUUGUCCCUGCGCCGAUGCGCAGUUUGUAUGAACUGACCAAGCUGAAAAACCUGCGCAACAAUGCGGAAUGGAAGCCCAAGUCUUCCUUGAUCCAUGAGGAUUUCAUUUCACAGGGUGUGGUCUCGGUAGAGGAAGCAGAGUUCUUAUUCGAUCGCUUCAUGCGAGUCAACAAUAGAAUGCUCUGGGAUGGUGGAUUAUUAUUACACCAUACGUUAGAGUCAGUCAGACGGUCGUCGACGAUGCUGGUGGCAGUGGUUCUCACUGUUGGUGCACUUCAUACACCAGCACAAACAGAAGCAUUCCAUAAGAGUUACAAUAUGUUUGUUUCUCUCGUGUGUAAUUCCUCCUUGUCCCGAAACCAUAGUUUAGACGACAUUCGAGCCCUCUGCAUCGGUGCUUUCUAUCUGGCCAACUUGAGUUGGAAAUUGUCCGGCCAAGCAACGCGCAUCGCAGCAGAGAUCGGCCUUCACCAGUCAUGGUAUGGCCUCAUGAAGGGUGACGAUACCCAGCACGAACGUGUCGCGUUAUGGUAUGCCACAUAUGUAUGUGAUCACCAAUUCAGCAUCGCCCACGGCCGUCCACCAGCGGCAGUUGACGACGAGUCAACACGCAACAUUGAACGCUUUCUCCAGGGAAAACAAGCAAAGCCUGGCGAUGCACGACUAGCCGCCCAGGUAGCACUGUUUACCAUUCUCACAGAAGCGUAUAUCGCAUUUGGAAGUGAUCCUGAUCGGCCGUUGGGAGGACAAGAUAUUGAGCGACUCCGCGUGUCCAAUGUGGCUGUUGAACAAUGGCGGCUUCAAUGGGUGCCUCGAUCGAGUGAUUGUCCGGUAUUAGGAUCGUAUCCAUCCAAGGGGCUGGUAUUGUACUAUAAUUUUGCGCGUUUUCAACUCAACUCUCUUGCAUUGCGGGGAAUCACUCCGCCGAGUGCUUCGACUGGUAUCACUUCAAACCAAUCCCUGUUGUCCCUGGAGCAUCGUGAAGCUGCCAACACAGCCAUCGCAGCAGCUACGAGUACUUUGACAUUGAUAUUGGAAGACGACGACUUGCGCCGUGCCUUUCCUAGUGUUCCCAUAUUCACUUAUACUAUGGUCGCAUUCUGCGCGACGUUUCUCUUAAAAAUGGCCGCCACAUGGGGGAAGAACGCGACAUCACCUGGAAUGAUUGAAUACGGCGAUGACAGUAAUACAUUAGGACUGGUUGUCAAUGCAAGACAUAUAGUCUCUCUCGUUCAGCGCUCCGCCGACAUGCUCGCGAGUAUAGCUACGAGUCUAAACGAGCGGCACCUCGCCAAACAUAUUGCAGCUGGCAUGCUCGAGAUGCUUCAGCAUUUCCACGCCUUGGAUGAGGGCGAGACAGGAAAUUCAUACCCUCCAAUGCAGGGAGGCGUCAACAAUCUUCCUAUUCUGCAAACAGAUCCUACCGAUGACAAUUCGUUCUGGACAGGCGAAUACAACUUCCACGAUCUUGGGGGCACGUUUGGUUUUGGACUUGAUGAAACAGUCUUGGGGCAAAUGGCAGCAGAUAAUUUUGAAUUAUGGCCGCAAUAA